UGAGAGACGCAGAGCCAAUAACUAUUGUCACAAUUUAUUAAGAAUUGAAAGUUUGGAAGAACAACAAAAUCUAACCUUGGAGCAGACCAAUUUGGGGCUUUUGCGAUAAGCUUAAAUUAGAAAAUUGUAAACGGGGAAUACAGUAUUCAUUAUCAGAUUGGAUUAUAAUAAAUAUAGCGUGGCCUCAUCGGGAAUACAUCCAGGGUUCAGGUGCCGACGGAAAUGAGUGUGGGACUGGAAUCCCCGCACAACGGAUAUUUACCGCCGUCGGGAAGUCCCGGGAGCCCGCCGGCAUCGCUUGCUGACAUGAUAAGUCGGAAUAAGAUGUUAGAAGCGGCUAUCCCAAAAUGUGCUGGAUGUGGGGAACCAAUCCUGGACCGGUUUAUAUUAAAAGUAUUGGAACGAUGUUGGCACGCCCGCUGUCUUAAAUGUGCCGACUGUCAUGCACAGCUCACGGACAAAUGUUUCUCGAAGGGAGACCAUGUUUACUGUAAAGAUGACUUCUUCAGACACUUUGGAACGAAGUGCGCUGGAUGUGAUAGAGGCAUUCCUCCUACGGAAGUAGUCCGGCGCGCACAGGACAAUGUUUAUCAUUUGGAGUGCUUCGCGUGCUUGAUGUGCAGCCGACAACUUAACACGGGAGAUGAGUUUUAUUUAAUGGAAGAUAAGAAACUUGUUUGUAAAACAGAUUACGAAGCAGCGAAGGCAAGAGGUGAGGAGGGUUUUGGAGACUAUGGUCUGGAUGACGCCAGCAAGCGUCCACGAACCACAAUAACUGCCAAACAACUUGAAGCCUUGAAAAGGGCAUACAACGAGAGCCCGAAACCCGCACGUCACGUGCGAGAACAACUGAGUGCGGAGACGGGGCUUGAUAUGAGGGUGGUACAAGUCUGGUUUCAAAACAGGCGUGCUAAAGAGAAGCGACUGAAGAAAGAUGCCGGACGUCAGAGGUGGAGCCCUUAUCUUAGACAACUUAAAAAGAACGGGGAUAUAGAUAGCUCUCUUAGUGACGAUAGGUCAGAGGAUGGAAUGACAGACUAUCAUGUCGAUUUAGAUGAGAUGGACCCAGGUUCCGUGCAUAGUGGGCGCCUCUCUAGUGAUAUCUUUGCUGGUUCCAUGGAGCAUGAACAAAACAUGACAGGUCACGGACACCAUGUGCCCCCUGGCACACCUCCCAUGGAAAACUGGGGUCCCUACGGGGGAAUGAUGAAUACUCCCAACUUUAUGGAGCGGCGCUCUCCCGGUAUGAAUGGACAUUUACUCCAAAUGGAUGGCAUACCCCAAAUGAUGGGCGCAAAUCCAAUGGCACAAAGGAUGAUGCCUCCGGAUAUGAACGAUAAUGGCCGAGGAUAUCCAGAUUUUGGACCAAAUUCAAAUCAUGUUGAAGUUUACUGAAUGAAAAGUGAAAGUCGAAGCAAAACGUUGAUUUAUCAUAACUUGAUUAACUUAAAGUCGAAACUGACUAGACAAUGACUUUUGAGUAUUCGUCAAGUAAAAAACAAGAUCGGGCUAGUCAAGGAACGGUAGGCUGCAUUCAUAACAAAGCAUUAUUCUGUGUUUUGGUUGUUGAUAUUGGAAUACUAUGUUCAUCAAUUUCAUGUGGAGAUAACUGUCUUGUAACAUUGAAUUAAUGAAGUGCUUAUUGUUUGAAUAUAAGAAGAAAAAGAAAACAUCGCUGACAGAUAUUGAAACUUACAAUAUGUUUUCUUAUGCUGACGAGAAAGUAUAUAUCUCACGAAAAACUUUAAUAAUAAAAGCUAGCAUAUAACUCAGUCAUGACCAAUCUAGGUAAGCAAGUACAAAUUUGUUUCAAAGUCGUGGUUUUAUUUAGUGUCAUUUUCUGUGUUUAGGAUUCACGUGGCAUUAGUUGUAUGUUUCAUAUAUUAAUAAAUACCGGAAUACGAUUCUUUAGCUGCUAGUAUAAUUUAAUUUACUAAUAAAUCUUUUGUUAUGAAAUGUUAUUUUAAUCAUUUUUAUACUUUAAUUAAGAGCAAUAACCAAAAUGCAUGCUACUUCCAAGACCCUCUUGCCGAUGGGUCAUAUGAAUGUAUAAAUCGAUUGUUUAAGAGAAUCCAGGUUUAUCAAAGAGCGAUGAAUAAACUACAAAAAAGAAUUUUGUAGCAGUUUAUGUGAGAAAAAAGAAGUAGCGGUUUUAAAAAAAAAGUUAUUUCAAACAAAAUAUUUUGAUCUUAAUGUUUUUAUUGUUCUGCUUAUAAAAUUUAUUUGAUAAUUAUUUAUUUUGUUUUGGCAUGUAUAGUUUCUAUUUUAUUUUAGACUAUGGAGAGGAUAUAAAAAUGUGCAAUAUUAACAUAUCAGUUCAAGUCAGUUUAUGUAUACAAGUUAUUUGUUUGAAACUCUAGUCUUUAAUGUAUAUUGCCAUUAGAAAAAUGUUACUUAAAUACUACAUGUAAAAUAAAUAAUAUAUAAAUAUAUAUGAUAUUGUAUGUACAUAUUUCACAGAAAUAUAGAUGAAAUGUCAAUAUUUAUAUGUAGAUGAGGAAUGCUUGAGUGAUAAUUGAGCCGCGCCAUGGGAAAACCAACAUAGUGCAUUUGCGACCAGCAUGGAUCCAGACCAGCCUGCGCAUCCGCACAGUCUGGCCAGGAUCCAUGCUGGUCGCUGUCAAAGCCUAUUGCAAUUAGAGAAACCGUUAGCGAACAGCAUGGAUCCUGACCAGACUGCGCGAAUGCGCAGGCUGGUCUGGAUCCAUGCUGGUCGCAAAUGCACUAUGUUGGUUUUCUCAUGGCGCGGCUCAUAUGUUUUUCAUUAUCAUUACCAAACCUGAUGAUAUCAAACAAUACACCCCAUGAAGAUUCCAGUAAUUUCUUUUCUACGUCAUUUUGUCCUGUAUAGGCUAUAUAAGUACAGGUAGUUCAUUUUACCGCGGAACUUAUGUUUGUCAUUUUCAACUUUAUGGCAGAGAUUGACUGUACAAGUCAUGUUGUUUAUUGAAAGAAUAUCUCUUAAAGGGACUGACCUCCAGAUCGCACGACAACAAAGACAUUUUUAAAGGCUUUGAAAUUUAGUCUUGAUUAGGCAUCUAUUAAACAUAGUCCAGAAACAAAAACUCAUGUUCUAUUAUUCAUAAUAUGAUCACACUUCAGUUUUAAAGAAAAAUCAUUUUUAGCCAAAAUCUGUAGCCCAGUCCCUUUAAAAAUGAGUAAACAAUUGCGUGUGUCACGUUACAAAUAAAGACCAGAGAAAAGAAAUUCAUGUUUGCACAUAUAAAUAUAUAUCAUAUAAAAUGCAUUAACAUACAUUCCUAGGUUCUUGUUUCGGCUCAUAAAAGUUAACACUUUAUUAAAACACAUAAAAGACAUAACGUUUAAGAGAUUUAGAAAAUAAUAUUUUACUAUACGUUUCCAUUACUGAAAAUUUACAUCUCUGGUAAAGAAAAAUGCAAAAAGUGAGAAAUUAAAACAAAACAAUUUAUUAUCGACAUAGUUGAUUUACACAUACUGUUCAAAGUAAUCUUUCGAACGAAUUUUGAAUAGAGAUCUCAAACAAUUUUUUUUUUUGACAUGUACCUUAAAACUGGAUUUUUAAAAACUUUUUUUUAUGUUUUAAGAGUUUUUUUUUACAUAUAGUUCAAUGUACCUUGCAUAAACCAUGGUUCAAUGGUUCAACGAUAUACGGCGAAACUUAAACGCUGAUUCAGUUAAUAAUAACUGCAAAGUGAAUGUAAUGUCGUCAUGUUAAACGGUGCAUCGUAAUGAUUUUUCGCAGAUAUUAUACAUGUAAAUCAUCCCUUCUGUUUCUUGAAACAGAUUAAUGAGCCGUGCCAUGAGAAAACCAACAUAGUGGGUUUGCGACCAGCAUGGAUCCAGACCAGCCUGCGCAUCCGCGCAGUCUGGUCAGGAUCCAUGCUGUUCGCUUUUAAAGCCUAUUGGAAUUGGAGAAACUGUUAGCGAACAGCAUGGAUUCUGACCAGACUGCACGGAUGCGCAGGCUGGUCUGGAUCCAUGCUGGUCGCAAACCCACUAUGUUGUUUUUUUCAUGGCGCGGCUCGUUUGUAUUUAUAUUCACAUCCAAAUGAAAUAAAUACUGCGGAAAAGAUUUAAAACUAUGACCAUAUUUGACUUUAAUCAUCAUUUCUAAAAUAUGAAAUGUAUUCAGUAAAAUGGUCUUUUUAUUGCGACGAAUUACUUUCACGUAUUUGUAUCAGCAGGUAACCAUGGUGACCAGUGAAUUAUCCGUUGUUAUUGGUUAUUCUUAUCGACGAUUUCUAUAUUUAUUGUCUGAACAUGUCAAGUUUUUGCAGCAUAAUGUAAUAAAACAAAAACACAUGAUA